AUAUUUCACCGAACACAUAAUAACCAAUUUCUCUUACUUCAAGUUUCAGACCCAACAAGAACCUGCCGGAGACACCGUCGUAAUACAUAUACGCCGGUGGCUCCGGCACAUUAUAAAUACACUCACCAAAUCCUCGUAGUAACAAUAAUUUUUGUUCUCGUAAGAAUACCCCAAGGCCGAUCAUCGGACCGUUUCAGGCCAGAGAUGAAACGGAGCUUCCGGCUCUCUCUUUCGGUUACCGUCGUUAUCGCGGCCAUUGGUUUCAUAUACUUCUCGACGGUCUUCGUGUUCAUAGACCGGUGGUUCGGUCUGACCUCGUCGCCUGGCAUCAUGAACGCCGUCGUUUUCACCGCCAUCGCCAUUAUGUGCGUCUUCAACUACUCAGUCGCCAUAUUCACCGAUCCGGGACAGGUCCCGUCCACCUUCGUCCCGGACAUUGAAGACGCAGAUAACCCUAUCCACGAGAUCAAGCGCAAGGGUGGGGAUUUGAGAUACUGCCAAAAGUGUUCCCACUAUAAGCCUCCACGUGCACAUCAUUGCCGUGUGUGUAAAAGAUGUGUUUUGCGGAUGGAUCACCAUUGCAAUUGGAUGAAUAAUUGUGUGGGCCAUGCGAACUACAAGGUCUUCUUCGUCUUUGUUGUGUAUGCUGUAAUUGCAUGCAUCUACUCAUUGGUUUUGCUUGUGGGCAGUCUGACUAAUGAUGAUCAAAAGGACGAGCAGCAAAGUGAAGGAUCUUUCAGAACUGUAUAUGUUAUUUCUGGAUUGUUGGUGAUACCAUUAACUGUGGCACUGAGCAUUCUUUUGGGUUGGCAUAUCUAUCUCAUUUUGCAAAACAAAACUACAAUUGAGUACCAUGAAGGGGUGAGAAGCAUGUGGCUUGCAGAGAAAGGAGGGAAUGUUUAUUCACAUCCGUAUGAUCUUGGUGCCUAUGAAAAUCUGAUAACGGUGCUGGGUCCAAGUAUCCUCUACUGGUUAUGUCCCACAUCAAGACAUAUUGGCUCUGGUCUUCGUUUCCGCACCGCAUAUGAUAUAGCCAUUGGCGCUUCAACAUCCAAAUGAGUUUCAGUGUUGGCUGGUUGGUUGGUUUUGGAAUUUUAUGGGCAGUAGAAUUCACUCUUUCUUGGGUAGAAGCGGAGGAGGCAUCCUAAUCUUUUGACACGGUUUGGCUUUGCCCAUUUCAAGUGUAGGUUUAACUGUUUUGCUCGGGGUAGCUGGGGUUGCCAACGGUUCGUAAUUCAGCAGUUGCCAACGGUUCAAUGAGUUCUUGAAGCUUUUAGAUGCAAAUUAUAGGUCUCUAAGAAAAGGACUCUACAAAGACAAGUGCCAUUUUUAUUCACUAGUGUCGCGCAUCGAUUCUCAGAUUGUUUAGAUCAUGUAGAAGUUAGAUCAUCGAAUUUUGUUGAUAUUCUUAGACCAUGUACAAAACCAUUUCAGGCUAUAACCCACCAUAUCCGAAAUGGAGGAGAGAGCUGAAAUCCACUGAAACGAGCAGAUUCCUCGUCUAGUUUUCUCUAGAAAAAUCUUCUUCAUCCAGCUCACAAAGUUGUACACUUGUACCUUGCAAAAGCUGAAUAAUAGUAUUGUGAUUGAUAUUCUUUGUUUCAAUAAACCUUCAUUUUCUUUAA